AUGCAAUAUUUGUCUGUCCGUCUCUCUCUCUCUUUCUUUCUUUCUUUCUCUUUCUCUCUCUCUCUCUCUCUCUCUCUCUCGGUCUAUCUAUUCUAUCUAUCUAUCUAUCUAUCUAUCUAUCUAUCUAUCUAUCUAUCUAUCUAUCUUACACUCUCACAAUUUUUUAACAUUUCCAUAAAAACUCUCGCGACUUAUUUAUUCCUAGUACCUGUAAUUAAUUAUAUCCUUUGUUUUUUGGUAUAUUUUUUCCUUCACACCUUGAUGUGUACUUUCUUUCUUUCUUUCUUUCUUUCUUUCUUUCUUUCUUUCUUCGUAACAUCGCAUCUCCUUUUUCAUUUCUUUCUUUUAUUUAUUUGCAAAUCGUACUUUACAUUUGGUCAUAUUUUUCUUUCUUUAUUUUUUUCUUUUGUUAAUAUCGUUUAUAUAAAUUCUUUCUUUUUUCUUUCUCUUUCUUUCUCAAUCUAUCUAUCUAUCUAUCUAUCUAUCUAUCUAUCUAUCAUAUGUAUGUAUCCAUUAUUUUGUUUUGACUGUUUAUGUCUGCGUUACGAUUUUAUCAAUGUCACAAUCCAUACCAUCAUUUUAAUGUUUUCACAUUUCCUGCUUAUUUCAAAUAUCUAUCUAUCUAUCUAUCUAUCUAUCUAUCUAUCUAUCUAUCUAUCUAUCUAA